ACCAGAACCACCGGCAGUUGAAAAGUACCGCGCGCUGCCUGACUGAAGCUGGAUCCCGGGAGUAAUCCAUAGAAUGGACUUGCACUGAGCUUCACUGGAGUACUGCAGCAAGCCUGAGACAGAGAUGUUGGCCAGGAAACAAGGUAGCGCGUUCAAGUGGCAGCAACUGGAAGCUCAGGGUCUUCUUUGCAGACAAAAUUUCUGAAGCAGACACACAAAUUCUUCAGGAGCUUGGUUCUUCCUGCAUGAAACUUGGACAGUUAGCACUUGACAACUUCCAUGUAGCACCAGCAGUUGAUCAAAAACAUCCUGUUGGAAUGAAUUCCAUUUUACACCUCAUGUGGUUAAAGGACCAAGUAGUCCAACAAACAGUGGAACUGGAGACUCGGGUAAAAGGUGCUGAAAUCAAUACUGAGGCUAUAUCAGAAGACAACCUGAAAGAAGUGAUUCAAGUGCUUGAAAAGGAAUUAGAAGAUGUUUCAAUAUCUUUCCAGCACAAAACAAUGGCCCUUCACAGGCUUCAAUUCACACAUGCGCUUCGUGAAGCAGUGCAGAAGAAUGAUGAAGAAGCGAAGUUGAUAAUGGAAACAAUCAAGCACUCAUUAGAUCUUUGUUCUGAGAUUAUAGCAACCCAGAAAGAAGUUCACACUUUGGAGAAUGCAGUACUUGAAGUUCAAAAGCAGAGGCUAACAUUAAAACGAAAGAUGCAAGAUGUAUUGCAGGACAAGAAAGCUGAAAAGAGGAAGCAGCAACAAUUGCUGCAACAACUGGAGAAUGAGCUUCCAAAACGUGCACAAAAAAACUUGCUGGAACAUGUGAAAAUGGUGACAUUAAUUCAGAAGGUUUUGCAGGGUGUUAUUCUUUCCAGUGGAGUGAACUGGGCCAAGGAUCCUGAAUUAAAAGAAAUUGUUUUGCAGCUUGAGAAUAAUCCACUUGACGAAGCAGAUUCGAGCAAUUGAUUUUCUCCAAUUGCUUUCAAUGGCAAAGAGCAAAAUGAGUCUCAAUUUAAUGUGCCAAGUAUUCAUACCAUCACUAAACUGCUUAUUUUCUCUACAAUGAGACAAACUACAUUUUGAGCUCCUUUCAGUGGAUACUUCUGCUGAAUAUUAAAAAUGAACGCUCACAUGUUUUGUUUUAAUUUUCUUUUUAUAGCUGUCUUUUAAAUUCAACUUUUAAUAUGUUGCAGUGAAAGUUAAACAACUGUAUUUGAUAUUCAUGUAAUAUAAAACUGUAAAACAAAUAUUUUAAAGGAUUUGGUUAUUUAAAUUACUCUGCAGAAUUCCAAAUUAUCAAUCAGCUUUCUGAUCAGUGCUGAAUACCAUCUGGAAGACAUUCAAAAUUUAAAUAACCUGCUGUCCAAAAUGAACUCCAUAUCAUGGAUGCUAAUUUACUUCACUGAUUCCUUUCUCCUUUUACCCCCACUUUAGUACCUCAUUUUCUUGUAAAUAUAAAUGCUAACAUUAAGCAUUUUAGGUUUGAAUGUCAAACAUAUCAAACCAUUUAAAGAUGUAAUAUUGUUUAUUUACUUUCUGCA